AUGACCAUGGCCUUCGCUACUAUCGAUGUGCAACGCACGACGAUGAUCGACGGGUCGUGCGCACGAUCGAAGGUCGUGCCCGCCAUAGUCAGAGGAGGAGACGGGGUGCCCGACUGCGCGGCGACAAGCUCGCGCUUGAGUAGUUUGAUCUCUGCCGUGGCGUCCUCCAGCUGGCGAGACUGCGGUUUGCCUGUGUAUUCGAUGGGCGCCCGCGUCUUCUCCACUUCCGCACUAAGAGCCGAGCGCGUCGCAACCAUGCGGUUCGAAGAGUCCGACAGGGAUUUGAUGACCGAAGUCUGGAUGCCCGCGAUGUCGCUCGCGAGUGAGGAGCUGAUGCUCUCGAUGUAG